AUGAGAGCCUCCAAAUCUGCCCCCUCGAAGAAGACCCUUCGCUUCGCCCUCCUUCCCGCCCACCUCGCUGCCGAUCGAAACGAGUCCCCAGACCCACUCUCCCUCUCAGCCGUCACCCCGACCGCAAUCCUCCGACGCCCCGACCGCGUCGUCGUCAAGACCGAAAACCCCGAGAUGACUGACGAUGAAACAAAUGGAACCGAGCUCCCCGACUCUUCCAGCGCCAUGUCUGAAGAACUAACCAAUUUCAACGAUGGAGAGUGGGUAUUAAACCGCACUCUAAAAUCUGUCAUCGGUCUUCCCAAUGCACAUCGCCACAAGAGGGCCAAAACGCCAUUCGAUAUUGAGGCGGUUAUGGCGGAGCGCAAAGCUGAGGCAGCAGCAGCAGCACUGGUGGAUUCCCGCAACACGACUCUCGAUCAGGAGCCCGAUAUCCUGCCUUCGAUUGAACUGGGCACUCGUCCAGUGGAGCAGCUUUCCAACCUUCAACACGACGCAUCUCGCGCUUCUGCGUUGCGCAAAGGCCUGUUUUCACGCUCGCCAACCAAGCCUGGAGACAAGCAGACACUCGGGGACCGACCAAGCACUACUUGGGAAAUUCACAGAAACUUCCUGCGUGCCUGGGAGGCCCAAAAAGAUGAAGCCAGGAGGAUGGCGGCGGUGAUUGCGGAGGGAGAGGAUGUACUUUGGGGUUGA